AUGCUAAGGUUCAUGCAGUCAGCUGGGGCAACAGUGACAUUUCGCUGUAACGAUAGACCGUUUACUAAUGCGAAAGUACGGUUGGACGAAGCGGAAUUUUUUGUUGAUGGAUGGAUGGGUGGACCUGUCAAACCGGACAGAUUUGGAGUAGCUAAAGUCCAUGGCAGUGCUGCAGAGAUAACCCAAAUCGAUCCAUACCUCCGCAUCACGCAUUGGUGCAAUCGAUCCGGCAUGUCUCCCAUUCAGUUCUGCAUAGACAUCCCACCACAGUUUAUAAACUAUGGCCGUGAAGUCAAGCGAUACUGGCAUAUCCGAUUGGAGCUCUCCAAGAAGCACCCGAAACAAAGAAAUUGCUAGGUGGACUAUGAACUAAGUUCAAGUCAGCCGUAUAUAUAAUACAUAAAGGAUCGUUACGCC